AUGACCGUGGAGAUGACAGAUGAGGAAAAUAUAUGGGGCUCUGAUAAUGAGGCCAGUACCGGUCCUCAAGAGUCGCUAGAAGUGAAGAAACUUCAACAAAUACAUUCGAAAAGAGGGUAUUUAGAUGGUAUUUCGUCAGCGAAGGAGGAAAACUUGCAAGCUGGGUUUGACGAUACCUUCCCCUUGGGUGCUAAGUAUGGGUUUCAAAUAGGGGAAAUUGUGGGUAAAUUGAGGCUAUUUACCACGCUUUAUGGGAAUGCAGACCCUCAAGUUGCUGCAGACUUAAAGCAAGCUCAAGACGAACUACGGAUUAACAGGGUGUUGUCCGCUAGACACUUCGAUGAAGAAUUACAACCUUUAGAUUCAUUGAAGGUACUCCUAUCCAAAUGGCAAGCUCGGGUAUUGGAUUAUGAAGGUAAGUAUUCUUGA